AGUUGGUGUUUGGUUGUCAGAGGAGAAGGUCACGCCCCCCCUCCUCCCGCCCCCCCUCCGUACCUGGUCCCUUUAUUAACAGCAUCAAGAUGGCCGCCAAAUCGCUGUCCUCCGCACUCUCCAUUGUUCUCCUGGCUGUGGCUCUCGUGUGCGGCCAGGGUCAGCAGCAGAGUCAGCAGCAGGGUCAGCAGCAGGGUCGGCAAGUGAACGAUAUCAAUGUCUGCUUCCCGGGUGAGGGCGAACUGAGAUUCACGACCCCCGACCCAGCCUUCCCGCCCACAGUGGAGCAGUUCUCAUAUUCCCUCUUCAGAACGCUCUCGGCGGCCACAGGGGAGAAGAGUGCGAUCAUGUCCCCGUACAGCAUCUGGAGUGUGUUGUCCCUCGCCUACUUCGGGUCCAUGGGCUCCACGCAAAGGGAGAUCGAGACCGCACUCAACUUUGCCAACAAGACCCACGCACUCUCGAAUUGGCGGGCUCUUCGUUUCUUCUUGGAGGGUGGAGCUGGUGACGCGGAGCUCGGAAUCGCCAACCGCGGAUACUUCUCAAUGCAACUUCGACUCAACCGAUGCCUGACCAGCAACAUAUUCGACCUGCGCUUGGUUGAUUUCACCAAGUCCGAGGAAACCAGACGCCAAAUCAACAAGGACGUUAGCGAUACGACCCGCGGGCGCAUUCCUGAACUCAUCACCUUCCUGCCCCCUCAAACACGCCUCGCCCUGGUCAACGCCAUCUACUUCAAAGGGACCUGGGCAUCCUUGUUUGACGCCACCCUGACCCGACCCCAGGAGUUCCUAGUGCCCCCGGGGAGGUCAUCCGGGGUCGUUCAGAUGAUGACCCGGCAGGAUGUUAUGUCGGCUGGGGAAGCCGCAGGUCUGGACUCCAAAAUGAUCGAACUCCCCUAUCGCAAUUCCAGUAUAUCCAUGUUCCUGCUUCUCCCUAACGACCCCCGUGCUCCGAUCUCCUCCAUGGUUGCCCGCCUCAACCCAACAACCUUCGUGGGAGCUGUUCGUGAAUUGGCCGCUCAACCGCAGAUCCCAGUGACCCUCUCGAUGCCCAAGUUCACGCUGACCACAAGAUAUGAAGAUGAAUUGAAAUCCGCGCUGUUCAACAUGGGGGUCAAGAGCCUGUUUGACCCCUCCCGCGCUGACCUGACCGGGUUCGCCACCGCUCCACCGCUCCACGUAGACACCGCCAUCCACCAAGCCACAGUGGAGGUCAAUGAAGAGGGCACGGUGGCUGCUGGAGCGACGGCCUUCAUCAACACUCGCUUCGGGCCGCAGAAGACGCUGAACCUGACCUUCAAUCGGCCCUUCGUUUUCCUCAUUGUGGACAAGAGAACGCGCCUUCCCCUCUUCAUCGGAAAGGUCACAUCUGCUGCUGACCUGGAGAAGGCGGUGUGAAGAGGAGGAGGAGGAGGAGGAGGAGGAGGAAGGGAAGAAGUAAGUGAGUAGGUUCUUGUAGGAGGAGGAGGAAGAGGAGGAGGAGGAGGAGGAGGAGAAGUUAGUAGAGAUUGUAGUAGUAGUAGGAGGAGGAGGAGGAGGAGGAAGAGGAGGUUAUAUGAAGAAGAAGGAAGACAAGAAGAAGAGGAGGAAGAGGGCCUGUAGAGAAGAGGAAGAAGAGGAAGGAAGGGAGGAAGAGGAGGAGGAGGAGGAGGAAGAUGCUGGCCCCUUGCAUUAGUAGGAAGGAAGGAAGGAAGAAGAGGAAGAGGAAGGGAGGAGGAAAUGAAGAGAAAAUUUAGGGGGGAGAGAGAGAGAGAGAGAGAGAGAGAGAGAGAGAGAGAGAGCGUUUACCGUACAAUAUUUUUCUCCUUAAUAUUUUUUUUCUUUUUAUCUUUUUUUUUUGUUAUUUUUUAAGGUCCCAAAGUUUGUGUUUUUUUGUAUAAGUUUCAAUAAAUGUUGUUUUUU